GUACUCGAUGUUAGUUCAAUAAUUGUGUGCGAAAGCAUCGGUUUCGUUUCAACUGAUUAGAAGACUAAUACCUAGUUAAUCUUGUACCCCCUUCGUUCAUCUUUCUUUUUCACUCUCCCUCUCACAUAUUCGCACACAUACCAUCUCUCUCUUUUUUCUUUCUCUCUCUCUUGCUGUCCUCAUACGUACCUAUCUAUCCAAUUUAUGACUUUUUGAUUUCCUUCUGUGUGGUUUCUGUUUUCAUGUUUUAUAUUAUUUUAUUUAGUGCCUAGGUGCGCGUAAUAUUUUUCUUGAAUUGUUUUUCGCUAAUGAAUUCGGUUUUAGUUUCGGCGUGGUCUUUUUUUCAUACCUAGUGCGGCGUAGAUUGCAUCAAUCUAGAACGAGUUCGUUCGAUCAUACGAUGGAAGAUUUACAGCAUUUCUGCUUACGCUGGAACAACUAUAGAAACAGUAUUACGACAGCUUUUGAAAAUUUACGCGAUGAUGAAGAUUUCAUCGACGUGACAUUGGCUUGCGACGGGAAAACGCUCAAAGCUCAUCGAGUCGUGCUAUCCGCAUGCAGUCCUUAUUUCAGAGAACUGCUCAAAAGUACACCUUGUAAGCAUCCGGUAAUCGUAUUACAAGACGUGGUAUUCGACGACUUGCACGCUUUGGUAGAAUUCAUUUACCACGGUGAAGUGAACGUGCACCAAAGGAACUUGACGUCGUUUUUGAAAACAGCUGAGGUAUUAAAAGUUAGCGGAUUGACUCAGCAGAACGCCGCAGUUACCGCUACAACGCUCCCUUCUUCAGCACCUCCAAUACUUGACCAUUAUAACGAGAAUUUAUCAACACGCUUUCCAACGAGAUCACCAGGUACACCUUCGGAAAAGAUGAACCAGUUUCAACAACACUUCCUAUACAAUACCAAUCAAUCUCAAAUCAGCUUAGUAAACGACGAAAACAGAUUAGCUCAAUUGCAGACAAUUAGACAUCGACGCCAUCUUCGUUCUCUGACUCCCAUUAGAUGUUCGCAAUCGCAGGACGAUUCGCCGAUAUCGCCAAAACGAACUAAAUCAGCCGAGAAUGCUUUACAGUCGCCAUUAUCAAAUUGUUCCAAUAUCUUUUCACUGUCGCCUUCGACCAUUUCGAAUGACGAAACCACAUCGAGGAUGGGUAAAAAUUCGUGCGAAACUUUGUCGUCCUCUCAUCGCAAUAGUCCUAACGAAAUCGUCAGCCCAACCAUCGCCAACACCAAUAGAAAUACCAACAAUAGUAUGCCCAUUUCUACCACCACCGCUACCACUACCACCACCACCUCGUCGUCAUUACCAUCAUCAUCGCCAUGCUCAUCUUCCGCAACUACUGUCGAAAUACCCGUGAAUACUGUUACGACCAGCAAAGCCAACUCACCAAUCAAAUACGACGAAAAUCAUAACAACUAUAAAGACAAUAACCACAGUAAUGGCGAACAAGACAUCGACAAAGAUGAAGAAGAAGAACCACCGGUCGAUUUCUCCAUCACUAGCAGCGACAACUACGUGAAGAAAUACAACCAUCCAGAAAAUAUACACAGGACGACGUCGAAUUCGAGCCCUUCGCCAAAAAACUUAUCGCUGAAAUGUGAACCGAAGGACGAAGCAUUUGGCAAUAAUUCCAGUGCUGCCGGCAACGAUCACGAUAAUUUCAACGACAACGAUAGCAAUCUAUCGGAAGACAGACUGAGCGAUCAAUCGCCACCUUCAAAUGUACCUUAUCCUCAAGCUUUGCUAGAUGCUGAAGAUGCUUUUCAAGGACAUCCCGGUUACUUGGCGUCUUUGAGAUUUAACAUGGCGGCUGCUGCUUUAGCUGGAUUCAAUCAUCACCAAAGUCAUACGGCUGUAACGGCAAAUGCUGUACUGGACGGGCUCACUGCUCCUUCUCAAGGUUUAAAGAAAGUGUUCCCAUGUCUGGCUUGUGGCAAAGUACUGUGCUCAAAAGCGAGCCUGAAACGACACGUUGCGGACAAACACGCCUCGCACCAAGAAGAAUACAGAUGCGCGAUUUGUGAACGCGUUUACUGCUCAAGAAAUUCGCUCAUGACUCACAUAUACACGUAUCAUAAGACGAGACCGACUUUAUUAAUGCCUCCUCCCCACCAUGCGACUACAUCAAAUUCACACGCGACUGACAUCAAAUUUUAGCAAGCUGCUAGAAAAGGUAGUACGAAUACGAUUCACCAUCAUUUCGUACCACUGCCAUAAGGCCACCGGUAGAUGUAAUGGGGUUAUAAAGUCCAUCAUAUAGAAACUUAUUUGUAGCUCUGGAAUGCUGAUAUGUGAUAAGAAAACUUUGGAGGUUGAACCAGUGAUAUUGAUUAAGUCAAUUUAAGAGGUGGGGGAAGUCAAAAAAUGAGUAAAAUUAGAUUUUCACCACCUUGAACGAGGUGGAGACUGAAAUUUGGAUUAGAUAUCAUUUUUGACUAUUUUAAUCAAUUUGGUUCCUUAUUAGUUAUUAUGGUCCUCCAAAAAAAAAAAAAAAAAAACGUUUCUGUAUUCAAAUUUGACCCUUCUCAAUUCAAAGGUCAAAUGCAGAUUCUAAAAGAACCCAAGUCCUAAAAUUUGACCUCGUUGGACCCAUAUGUUCGUGUAAAUAUACUACUAGGUAUACCAUGUAUAAUGUAUUUAUGUAUAGAAUAUGUGUAUCAAGUAUAAGUCUGUUUUCGUUUCAACUUUCAUUCGUCAACUUUAUGUAAGUAUCUGUAGGUAUAUUGCGUGUAUUGUGAAUAAAAAAUUGGUGUUUUUUUUUCAA